AUGUCAACAAAGCAGAGGCAACGCCGGAAGUCCCUGGCAGUCGAGCUGACCGCGAAUUACUUCAUUUCUACUGCUGUGAAGCUGCGGGAUGCCUUUCCCGAUUCUCCGAUACAACGCUAUGGACACAUCUUGUUCUACAGUGGAGCCAGCACCAACCUGUCAUUCGCAGCGCCCUCGUAA